GCACGUACCGGCGUGUCCUUGGGCUUAGAAAGCAGGGCGUUCGGCUUGCGAGCGGGAACUUCUCGGUCGCGCCCAGAGAAAGAACGAUUUAAAAAUGGGUGAUGUUGAGAAGGGCAAGAAGAUUUUUGUUCAGAAGUGUGCCCAGUGCCAUACUGUGGAAAAGGGAGGCAAGCACAAGACUGGGCCAAACCUCCAUGGUCUGUUUGGACGAAAGACGGGUCAGGCUGCUGGAUUCUCUUACACAGAUGCCAACAAGAACAAAGGUAUCACCUGGGGAGAGGAGACGCUGAUGGAGUACUUGGAGAAUCCCAAGAAGUACAUCCCUGGAACAAAGAUGAUCUUUGCUGGCAUUAAGAAGAAGGGAGAGAGGGAGGACUUGAUAGCUUAUCUCAAAAAAGCUACCAAUGAGUAAUAGUUGGCCACUGCCUUAUUUAUUAUGAAACAGAAGUGUCUCAUGACUUUU